AUGACUAAAGGUGAUUCUAAAAGAGUGAUUCCAUUAGAAUCAAACCCAACUUUAUUUACUGAAUUAGCUUAUCAAUUAGGAUUAUCACCAUUAUUACAAUUUCAUGAUGUUUAUUCUUUAACUGAACCUGAUUUAUUAGCAAUGUUACCCACACCAAUAUAUGCCAUUAUAUUAUUAUUCCCCUUAAGUCCCAAUUAUGAAAAAUAUCGUCAACAACAAGACAAUAACUCCUCCCAACAAAAUGUACCAAAAUAUGAUAAUAAUAAUGAAAUUGAAUGGUUUAAACAAACAAUUGGUAAUGGAUGUGGAUUAUAUGCUUUAUUACAUAUUUUAACUAAUCUACCUCAAGAUUUAAUUAUUUCUAAUUCUAAAUUAUCUCAAUUAUUAAAUGAUUUGAAAAAUUUAUCCAAAUUUUCUAUUAAUGAUCGAGCAUUAAUUAUUGAAAAUUUAGAAAAAGAUAUUAAAUUAGAUGAAAAUUUUGGUGAAAAAGGUGAUACUAUAGCUCCUGAUAUUAAUGAAUCAGUUGAUUUACAUUUUAUUUCAUUUAUUAAAAGUCCCAAAAAUGGUCAUUUAUAUGAAUUGGAUGGUAGAAGAACUGGACCAAUUGAUUUGGGUGAAUCAAAUAAUGACAAUAAUAGUAGUAUUAUUAAUGAUCCAUUAUUAAUUGAAAAAAUUCAAUUCUAUAUAGAUAAUGCUGAUGAAGCAAAUAAGAAUAAUUUUGCAAUUAUGGCGAUUGGUCCUUCUUUUGAAUGA